AUGGCCGUCGCCUUAGAUCGAAGCGGUUAUCGUUUUCUCUGGUCGCUCCGCGCAUCACCGAAUAUAUUGACGGAGGAGCUCGAUGACUACGCGAAUCUGGAGGAGAUUCUCCCAGAGGGAUUCUUGGAUCAGACGUCGGAUAGAGGGAAGGUGAUCGGGUGGGCUCCACAAGUGGUGGUUCUAGCGAAGCCGGCGAUUGGUGGAUUUGUUACUCAUUUUGAAUGGAUCUCAAUGCUUGAGAGCUUAUGGUUUGGCGUUCCGAUGGUGAUGUGGCCGUUAUAUGCGGAGCAGAAGGUGAAUGCGUUCGAGAUGGUGGAGGAGAUGGGAUUGGCGGUGGGGAUACAGAGGUUUAUUAAGGGAGAUUUGUUGGAGGGUGAGAUGGAGACGGUUACGGCUGAGGAGCUAAAGAGAGCGAUAAGGAGUGUGAUGGAGGAAGAUAGUGACGUCAGGAACAGAAGAGAGAGAAACUGA